AUGGCUCUGGCAGGAAACAAAAUCGACUUGUCUGCUGAGAGGGCUGUGAAGACCCAAGAGGCUCAGCAAUAUGCUGAAGAGAAGGGAAUAUUCUUUAUUGAAACUUCAGCAAAAACUGGACAAAACGUAAAUGAGCUCUUCUACGAAAUCG